CCACAGGACUAACCAACACGUCAUUCAUGCUGCUCUGCGUACAGCUCUAUCAAAGAUGGCUGAUAUAGGAAGUAGUCGCCAACACGACAACUAACCUCAGAGACGAUAACGUUUGUUAUUCAGCACGGGAGCGUUUAUAUCUGUCUGAGAUGGAUGAUGUGGAGAUCACAGAUGUCGAUGAAGGCCGCCCUCAGGUGGAGAAACCGCCCCUCAAGAACCAGGACUUAGGUUCUCUCAGUCUUUUUGUGGGAGACCUUCUCUCCCAGUAUGGCUGGCACCUGUUGGUUGUGACUGUGCUGGUCUACGUGCUCAUCCAGUACCUGAGCAAGAGGAGAUCCAGCCAGAGCCGCCCCACUUCACCCCCACAAACACAGCAAGAUGCUGCGUUAGUAGCGAGAAGACAAGAGGCCAUGGAAGCAGCUCGGAGAAAGAUGCAAGCAGAGCUGGAUGCCAAAGCAGCCGUCUUCAGAGAGAAACAGAAACAGCAAGAAGAGGAGAAGAGGAGGCAGAAAAUAGAGGUAUGGGAGAGUAUGCAACAGGGGAAGAGUUACAAAGGAACUGCAAAACUUUCUCAGACCACUGAAGAGGCCAGCUCAUCAACAACAGUGAUGAAACCAAAGACGGACAAGAAGUCACUUCGCAGUGCUGACUACAAUCCCCUGUCUGGAGAGGGAGGAGGUUCCUGCUCCUGGAGACCUGGCAGGAGGGGGCCAUCAUCCGGUGGAUGAGGUUAAAGAAGGUCAGAGACAUCGGUCUGUAUGACCUUUGACCUCUGACAUCCUGAUGUGCACACUGACUGACUGAACCAAGCUGACGAUGUCACCAAGUCCACACUUUAUUAUGAUUUUUUUUCUGUAACUGGCUCCAUAUUUCUAAUGGGAGUUGAUGAGUUGUCAUUCUGAAUAGCACUUACCUGCGCUCCUGUUUGAUUUCCUGUUGUUUACUCUCUGAUUUCUCUGUGCUGCUGCAUCGUUAAGCAUCAAACACAAUAUGAUCAUCUUGAAUCAAUUGUGGAAUUGAAAGCUUGUAAUGAAGCCGUUCCUGUAAAUGGUUCUUCACCACCAGGUUUGGCUGAUGAAUUUCACAGUCAGUGUCUUUUCUCAUAUAUUUUAAUAUGUUUACCUAUGUGUACUGCCAUAGCUUUAGAGCUUAUAUUACUACAGCAGCUGUAGCUGGUGGGCAAUCGUUAAGUACAAGAAAUAUUACAUUCUGAUUAUAUAGUUACAAACAUUUUGAUCUGCAGAUGGUGGCAAAUUAAAGGACAAACCUGAAAACUGAGUGGAGGAACAGGACGACAGUGCCUCCAUCCAAUAAGGAACGAGAGGUCACAGAAUGGUUUAAUGGGUAUGAAAAUGAUGUGAAUCAUAUGCUGUGGCCUUCAGUCACCAGAUCUCACUCCAGUUGAACUAUGGUAGAUUUUGGAGCGACAUGUUAGACAGCACUCUCCACCACCACCAUCAUCAAAACACCAGAUAAGGGAAUAUCUUCUGGAUGAAUGGUGUUCAUCCUGCAGUAGAGACCUCACAAGGGCACUUUAUGUUGAUUUUUCCUAUAAUUCGUCACCCCUCUGUAUCUAAAUGUAAGGAAGGUAUGUCUAUAGAUUUACUCUCAUUUUUAUGCAAUAAAAACACGGCCACCAGGUGUGUGUCCUUCAGGUCUGACAAA